CUAUAACACGGAAGCGGAAGUAUGAUAACAAUGAUGCUGCGUUGAACUGUCAAUUUCAUGCUGUUUACAUCAGAAAUUAUCUGACUAAAAGCCACGUACAUACAUACCCACAUUGACACAGUUCACGCUUCAAACUCAAGGAUCGCGAAAGUUUUUGUUCAACAUAUCGAGGAAAAUGAAGAGCACUGUAGUUUUAUUGCUGCACUUUUUACUGAUGCCUCACAUCAUCAACUGCUGGAAUGAUGGUACCGAUGCUGUGUUACUGCGUGAUGUUCAGGUGCUCACCCUUUACAGAGGUCGAUACACCACAGCACGUCGCUCCAGUCCUGUUCUCCAGCUUCAGUGUAUCGGGGGAUCUGCUGGCUGUGGAUCAUUCGUUAUGGAUGUGGUCCAGUGUUACAACAAAGGAUGGGAUGGCAUAGACGUUCAGUGGGAGUGCAAAUCCGACAUGGACAACUGGUACAGGUUUGGCCGUGUGGAGGUCUCCUGUGAGGGUUACACCAGUCCCAAUGACCCAUAUGUGCUGAAGGGUUCGUGCGGUCUGGAAUACACGUUGGAGCUCACGGCAGAAGGAAAGCAACAGCAAGGUCGUGACUCCCAGGGCUCAUCUGGCUUUUCAGGCUUUUUCCAAGGCUUUUCCGAUCAUAAACCUCACCAGAGUGGAGGCCAGUAUAAGCAGUCUGAUGGUGAUGGAGUGAGCGGGAUUAUAGUGCUAGGUUUCUUUUUGCUGUUGGCUUACGGUGUAUACAAGAUGUUUCUAUGCAGCCCUACUCAAGGCCAUCAAGGUUUUCCCCGCGAUGACUCUCAAGGUUUCGGCGGGGCGUGGGAUAACAGCCAUGGUGCCGGACCACCUCCUCCUGGAUUUAAGCCUGAUUUUUACACAGACCAGACCAGCUCUGGCCCAGUCCCUGGUCCUGGCCCAGCUCCUGGUCCUGGCUAUGGCUUUUCUGAUGAAUACACCAGACCUCAGACAGACUCUUGGACCGGUUUCAACGGUGGACGCCGAACUGGAGGUGGUGGUGGUGGCGGUGGUGGAUUCUGGCCUGGAAUGGGAGCCGGUUCAAUUCUGGGAUACUUGUUUGGGAAUCAGAGACGCCAGCCACACAUGGGACCAUCUUACACCACAGGACCAUCUUACACCAGCAGACCUUCUCCAAAACCAAAAACAAGUUCAGGGACACGCACUGCAUCAGGUUUCGGAGGAACUAAAAAAAGAUGAUUGAAGAUAAGAUGUAUGAAGGAUUUAAGAGUGCCUCUUUUAAAUAAAAUGAGAAAUCAGUUUAAUAAAUCAAACAUAUAAAUUUAAGACCUUGCAUGUGUUUGAACUCGAUUAGUUUGUUUCUAGUUUCUUUCAUGCUGAGGUUAACUAUAGUAGUUAGUGAAAAAUUAUGUGUCUCCUUGAUGCCAAUGACAAAUGGCAUUUUCUUUUUGUUUUUAUUUACUGAAUUUUAUUUUUAAUACACAAAGACGAUGCAUAAAAGUAAAAUGUGUUGUAAAUUAAUGUUGAAUUUAAGGCCAACUAUAGAUUAUACCAAUGCACAUACUGACAAAAAUUGCCAGCAUACGGCCCAUAAUUUGUAUCCAAUCAGCUAUCCUCUAGAAUAAAAAUGCCCCCUCAUCAUCUGCAGUUCACUGACAAAAUUAUUGUUGUUACUGAAUUGUGAUUUAACCAAAGGCGUUGACUAUUUAAAUUAGUGAUUAGUUAACUGCGACGCACACAAAAAAAAUUGUUUCACUCACGUGACACAGGGAGCCCCCCGUGGGUUGUUAAGGUUGUGUGGUUCUUUUUCUGUUGUAUUACUAGAGUUUAUAGGAUUGAUAAUUGAAUUGAUAAUAUAUUUGGCUUUUGUGCUGAAGCCUUAUAUUUGUGAUCCUUGAUUAUUUGAUUGCUUUGGGUAACUUUCAUAUCACUCCAUCAAGUGGCCUAUACUGGGACGUCCCAUUCAUACCGGUUCACUGCCGUGCGCAAGAUAAAAGCGCACCAAUCAGCAGUCAUGUCAUAUUUCAUAUUUAGUUUUUUUUUUUGAUAGUAGUGUAAUAAGCUGAAAAAUAAAUAAGAUAUGUGUGACA